AACUAAUAGUCUAUUUUCCAAUACAUUACAGUUUUUGUACACUUUUAUAAUAGAUAUUAAGUAUGCAAAACGUCUUAGUUACUUUGUUACUGGUUUGCCUUAUAAGAAAAUCAUAUUGUUGGUACACAGGACCGGAUGGAAAAAUUGCUUUAGAAGGAACGCCUGAAUUUGAAGCCAACAAAUAUAUCAAGAAAAUAUUUACAAAGUACGUGGUCGAUUUCAAAAUUAGCGACAAAAUGAGUGAACAGAUGCUGGCGGAACUGAUGAGUAAUCUCGGUCUUGGGAUCAUCCACAAACUGCCCAGAAGUGACGAUAUUCCUCACCAUGAUGAAGACGAAGAAGAUCACCACGAUCGACGAAGAAGAAAAAGAAGCAAUCCUGGCAAUCUUGAUCAUGAUAAACAGCCUACUGAUGUUACUAAAUUUGCCGACUCCGUAUCGUCAAUUCCACAUUUUCAUGAAAAUGUAACUGAAAACUCAAACAAUUCUAACUGUCUCUCUGCUUCUAUCCUAAUUCAAGAUUAUGGAAUUAACAAGGAAGGAGGAAUAGGAGCUUACCAGUUUGGGAUGCUCUGUCCGGCAUUAAUAUAUCUAACGGAUGAGAAAACCUGCAUCGAACGUGAAGAUGAUGACGAAACCAGUUCAAAAUCAACUUCCGCGCAAGUGUGGGGAUAUGGCUUCUUGUCUGUUACCGUAAUUAGUUUAUUGUCAUUUCUUGGAGUCGCUAUUGUUCCUCUGAUAUCGGCUUCUUUCUUCCAAACACUGUUGUCCGUUCUGGUUGCUGGCGCCGUAGGAGCUUUAAGUGGAGACGCCCUACUUCAUUUAAUCCCACAUUCUCAAUCAUCAUCUCACGAACACAGCAACGAACCAAUUUUAAAAAAUCUCACCGUUCUUGCUGGAAUCUACUUUCUGUUUGUAGUCGAAGGUAUCAUGAAAAUAUUGCAACACAGAAGGGAGAGAAUGAAACUAGACAGGAAACAUAACGAUAUAAAGGACAACAGUGACGAAAAACUACGUAGUAAAACCGGGAAUGAUUAUGUUAACGAUGAUGUUGAAGAUGGUGAUAGGCAAAUACAAUUAUCAAAAGAAAAGUCUCACUCACAUCACCAUCAUCACGAGACUGAUCCUCAUGGACAUCACCAUGAUCAUGAAAAUAUGGAAGACAAAGGCAUUGCAAGUAUGGCUUGGAUGGUGAUUGCAGGCGAUGGAAUGCAUAACUUUAGUGACGGUGUUGCCAUCGGUGCUGCGUUUUCAAUCAGUCUUGUUGGUGGGAUGAGUACAUCAAUCGCAGUAUUUUGUCAUGAACUGCCACACGAACUUGGUGAUUUUGCCAUGUUGAUUAAAGCAGGAAUGUCAAUAAAGCAAGCUUUAUUUUAUAAUGGAUUUGCAGCUUGUCUCGGUUAUUUUGGACUCAUCGUUGGAAUUUUGAUUGGGAAUUACGCUGCUAAUGUAACACCAUGGAUAUUUGCGGUCACUGCUGGAAUUUUUUGUACGUUGCUCUUGUCGACAUGCUACCUGAAAUGAAUUCCGGAAACUAUGCUUCGAAUACGAAAACUGAGGUCACCAAUUUUCUACUCCAGAACGUUGGAUUAUUACUCGGGAUUGGAUUAAUGCUCAUAAUUUCUGUUUUUGAAGAUGAAUUUAAAUUUGAAUAGUUUUGAUAUGAGAAUAUUCAAAGGAUAUGCUGUGAGUCGACCAGAGGAUUGAUCAGCAUAUGGACCAAAUAGAUGCAAGUCAACUAUGCAUAAAAUUUUUCUUUUCGCCAUUCCAAACAAAAUACAUAUGUACAUUUACGUUACAUUUAUGUCUAGGUGUCAUAAAACCGUUUUUACAGAAAACUACAAGUGCGUCAAUAACAACAUUGCAAUAAUAGGAUUUCGCUACAAAUAUUUCUAUAUUAUCUUGAUGAUUAUUUUUGUUGUCACAUACCAUCUUUUCAUUACAUAUCUGCAUUGCUCAAAUGGCCGAGCAAACAAGCGCAUCGCAUAAUAUUUACUACUAACCAGAAUAAAAUAGAAGCAGUUGCUCACCCAAAGACAUCAUUUCAAAGCAAAUAUAUUAUAUAUAUGUAUAUAUAUAUAAUGCUUGUAUGUCUUGUUUUUUAUUAUUUUUAUAACGUUUAGUUAUAGUAGGUUAUCAAACUAUAAAUAUAUUUAUAUGGUUGAGAUAUGGUUUUGUCUUUAUUUAAUAUCACAUAUAAAAUCUUCACAAACUGAUAGCAAAUUGUUUAGGAAACAUGAUAUCACCCUUCAACUGCAAAUUCGAGUUUAGGAUAGCCAUAGUCGGCAUAUGCUUAAAGAUUCCGGUACUUGGCAACGAAGAUUUACGUCAGGAAGACAUGUUGUCAUGCAUGUAAUUAAAUGGAAUGACCCGAUUUUUGCUUCAUUGUUGAUUUUCUAACUUUACUAAAUACAAUAAAAAUAUAAACCACUUGAUUCAAUUUGGAUUUAAAGUUGAUACGGGGUGGAUUUGAAUAACAGAAGCUCAAAUAUUGAAUUUGCGAAGUUUCGAUUCGUUAGUCGAUCGAUAUGCUUUGUUAUGUGAGAUGUUUUCUCAAUUUUUUCAACCUUAUUCCAUGAAAAAUGUCUUGUCGAAGUUAAAAGUAAUAACCACAAAUGACAAUUUUUUUGCUCUACUGGGUAUUGUUUUCACUAAUGGCGGGUUAUAAUAUACAUGAGUACUUUAUGAAAGGAUUUUAAACCGUCACUAUUGCUUUGGUUGUGUUUGGUGUCGUGAUCAGUCAUGCAGUCUUCGACAUACGCCUAAAAAUGCCUUAUUAUUCAAUAAAUAAUGAGAUAAUUUUUAAAGCACCUUCCGUCAUAUUAAAAUAUUAAGGAAAUUAAAUUUGAUUUUUUGUUGUAGCAUACCAUGCUAUCCUACAACCCAUCAUAUGUUAGGUUUAAAAAUCUAUUGUGUCAUAACUAUAAGUUGAAGUUUAUUUUGACUUCAUGAUCGGAAUAACAGGCGAUAAAAUAAUUAAUUGAUAAAAACAGAUAAAUAAAAACAGAAAUAUUAGAUGUCACAAAUAAGCCAUCUAAAACUAAACAAUCAUAAUAACUGUCCUUGCGUAGUAUAAUUUAUUUUGAAUCUAUUGUUGUUUUUCCAUGAUUUUGUAUUUUUUGAGAUAAUUUUUCAUCCGAUUGCUUCGUCGCUAAAUUAGCUGCUGUAAUUCAGCAUCAGACUGUUGACUCAUUGAGAAUUUGGCGACCUCACGUCAACUGCUAUGAGUCAUUGUUUUUAUUUACUUUAGUUUCACUGUGUGUGUUUUUUUGCUUCAUAUUGAUGCUUGUAUGACAAAAAUAAAUCUGAAUAUAAAAUCGGGGAAAGCAAA